AUGGCCCCCCAACCCUCUUUUCCCCCUUACGAGGUCUCCCUAGUCUCCAUCAAAUCCCCGAAUCAGAUCCUCACCUCCGACCCCUGCGGUACCGAGCCGUCCUACCACUCCCAAAACCCCAAGGUGCUGCACCUCACCAACAGCGGCGAGUCGAGCUUCAUUGGCCUCGAAUACCUCCAGAAACUCCACGCCGCAAAAUUCGGCUCCGACAAGGCCCUGCCGGAAAUAGACGCCAGCACAGAGGUGCAGCUCCGCUCCCGAUUCGUCGACACCGACGAGGCCCAAGUGACGACCCAUCGCAUCCUGUACGCGCCACAAUACGACAUUAUAUUUAUCAGGCAUGACUGGGAACGGCCGGUACAGCAAUGCUGGGCGAGGCUGAACUCGGAACCCAAGUCAGGACACAAGUCAAAGAAGAGGCCGAGCCAAAAGAAGCCUCACAAACGACACCAAGCCACGCAGCGGAGAAGACGUGCGCGGACACUCAAGCAAUGCAAUACCGUGUAG